AAACCGUUGGGAAACGCGUCGAUCGUUUCCACCUCCUCCGGACAUCAUCUUGUGUGAACCAUUGAAGAUCUGGAGAUCUCUUCGUCAUGGAUUUUGCAUAUCUCGAUACACUGCUGGCGUGCUCAAAGCGCCUUGACAAGGACCUUCAGGACCUCGUAGCCACUCUUUCUCUGCCGACGUCCACUCCCAACGCAGCUCUCCACAGCUCCUUUAUUGCGAAGAACCAACAGCGAUGCGACGUAAUUGCCAAGGCAGUUGAGGCUAUGGAGAAAGAUACUGGAGGAAAAACAGGGCGGCGGCCUUCUGCGGAGGAAUUGGUGGACGCAGCGGGCGAUGCUGUGCUGCAAAUGCAACGACAAUGCACAAAGGUUAUGGAAUUUUUGAAAGAAUACGGAUAUGAGGAGCAAGGAGGAUAUCGCGAAGCACAACUUCAACCUAUAGCCAGACCUGCGGAGCCACCUGUACCCUCGAUAUCACAUCCGCCACCCUUGCUACCAGAUGGUCACCAGUCGGAAGAAGAAGUUGAACCUCCUUCGUCACCACAAAUACCCAUUACCAUGGCGAUUCCGACGACGCCUCGCGCUUCUGGACAAACAGGCACUAAAAAACCUGCCCGUUCCGCUGCAACAAGUCCCCCAGAUAGCCCACUUGCGACUUUGGAAGACUUUGGGCUUUCGUCCUUGAGUCUAGGUCUUUUGGAAGGAGUGACGGAUACGCCCUCGUCAGAAGGUCUCUCUUUCCAUUCACAUCCAAUAGGAAGAGAAUCGAUCGACUCUCCUGCUAUUCCUAUCCCAGAUUAUCAUCCCGCAACUUGGAACCAGUCACCGCGCAAACCGAGAAAAUCGGAUCCAAAUUCCAUGUUCAAUGCUCUUAUUGCGCUGGCCGAGCGUGAGGACUAUGAGGCAUUGCCCCAGUACUUGAAAGCCCAGAUGACAUUGGAGUUUUUGAAUGAUAUGAUAACUGAGAUAAAUGAAAUCCUAACAGAUAAGCGAUUCAUGGGAGAAGAUCAAGAAGGUGAAGACGUUAUAACGAUCGAGGAGCUGAUGGAUGUCACAUCAAUAGAUGCGGGGAAGUGUAAAGCAGUUUUUGUUGCCAUGCUUCAUUUACAGAGAUUGGAGGCAGAGUCUUUGGAGGGAAGCGACGGGAAGCGGUAUAGGGUUGUGUAAUAUAUAUUUCCUACUCUUUCCAAAUUUUCUUUUUAAAGAUUCGAAAAAACAAUAUGGCAUAGAACUAAACCUGGACUCUAAAUAUAGGAAUCUGAAAAACUCUAUCGUAAUGUUGUGCAGGUACGUCUACCGGCCUAUCAUCUUUCCACUCCUUCAACUUGCGU